AUGGCCUCCGAUUCCAAACAAAGUAAGUAUUUAACAGUUUAUAUACAUUAUAAUGGUUUAUUCGCACCAAAACCAUUAGUGUACUUGAACGCUGUUGUUGUUUCAAUCUGUGAUGUCGAUUUUGGUGCAAUGGAUUUCAAAGACUUUAACUUGUUCAUUGCAAAGUUGAUUGAAGGCAGUUGUGAUAAUGUAUAUUAUUGCACUAGAAAUGAACCGUUGGCAGAGGGUAUUAGGAGAAUUAGGAAUGAUGCUGACUACUUUGAGUUUAUUGAAACGGGUUAUAGUGAUGAAGCCGGUCUAAGAAUGAAUGUGUAUAUAGACCAUGAAAAUGAACCUGUACUUGAUUGGGCUGAUAUGGAAGUAAUGGAAGAUGAUGAAGGGCAUUAUUCUGAGGAAGACCUGGAUGAUGAUAAAGAUUCACAACUUUCUGAUGAUAGUCCAUAUGAGCAUGAAGUAGAUGAUUACAUUCCUUCUCUUGACAAGACUAUUGGUGAUGAAUUCUUACAUCGGGUGACAGGUAUGUGUAAGGAUAUAAAUGAUGAGGCUGAAACUGAUGAGGUUGAAACCAAGAAUGGAGAUGACAAACCAGUGUACCCUGUCCAUAAUGAGAACCAGAAAUGGGACAAAAUGGUGCCAAUUCUAGCUAUGGGUAGGGAUGCAAACAACCACAUCUUCCCUAUUGCAUGGGCUGUGGUGGAAGUUGAAAAUAAGGAAACAUGGAAAUGGUUUCUUGACCUCCUUCUGGAUGACAUUGAAAUGGGAAUUGGUCAUGGAUUGACCCUCAUAUCAGACCAACACAAGGGAUUAAUAGAGGCUGUCAAAGAAAGGGUUCCAGCAGCAGAGCAUAGACAAUGUGCUAGGCACAUCUAUGCUAACUUCAAGAAAAGAUUCAAAGGUGAAUAA